AACAUUACACACACGAUUUUCAUCAACGCGCUCUUUAAAAAAAAAAAUGUUAAAUGUUUUUGAAAACGUGUUGUCAGCUAAUCUGUCAGCAGUCCUGCGGAAAGUCGAAGGAGACACCUGAAGUAGGCCCCCUUUUCAAUAUAAAAGCCAUAGUGGGAAGACGAAAUAUAUUUUAAACGCAAAAAUCAGCACAUCUGGUCUUUGGCACGAUUAUAAAAACUGUUGGUGUAAUUAGAUUGUUGGGUUACAGUAUCUUGUUUUUGGCGUUUUUAUUAUGCAUAAAAUCCACAACUUUGCAUGAUUUGCAUGACUUAAGUGAUUCAAGUAAAAUCAGUAAAUUCGACUGGAAGGGAUGUGUGCUAGCUCCAUGUAGAUGAAAUUACAUUAUUAUCUUCAGACCUUAGAUUUUAGUCUGAAAGCCCAGUAGUACAGAUGUUCCACAAGGAUCCCUCCUCGGUCUUCUUUACUUCUUUUUUUUUAUUUUUAAUGUUAUUUAGCAUAUCAAACAGUGUUAUAUCUCUGUCUUUAUAACUUGUUUUAUAUGUCUCUGGCUCUUGGCUUAAUUUGGAUGUAUUUUAAUUUUCUUUCAUCUUAAAUAAGUGCUUAUUAUUUUCUGAUCAUCAAAGCAGCCUGCUUGGAAGCCCUGGAUAAACAGUAAAUGAAUCUUAACACACAUGUGGAACACAUAGAAAUUGGAGAUUUAAAGUAAUUGUGUGUGCCGAAAUAUUCCUGAGAAUGAGAUCACGGCACAGUCUACGGUUGUUUGUUUCCUAUUAAUUUUAUGCAUGCUUCUCCCUCCUACCUGAUGGUGCUUCAUUCUCUUUAUCACCCUGUGCUGUAUUUCAUCAUCUCAACAUCUUAUGUUGAAAAAAAUGCAAACAGUGAUGUAAGGGUUUUAUUUCUAAGGACAGCCAGUGUUUUCUUUGCUUACACUUAAGUGCAGAAUGCCAGCUCACAGGGCUUUCCAGCGCUAGCUGUGUCUCUUAUGUACACUGUGGAACUGUUUUUGGACACUGUGCUCAAAACAAGUGCGAACAGUCUUUACUUUUGACGUACUCGCUCACGCUCUUCACAGUCUCGUGAAGGACACGCAGCAGUGUCUCAUGCACCGGGUCUAUCCUAAUUUGUAGCAUGCUGAUCUUUGGUCAGUUAAUGAGUGGCCUUGUGUAUCGGGUGGGGGCAAAUAGGACACACGAUGUUGGUCAGGCAAGCUUUAUCUAUUCUGUGUGCGCACUGUCCCCUCAUUCAGACAGCAGAGCUGCGCUCCCUCACCAUCUCUCCAUCCCUGCUCCUGGAAGGCCAGUGUGAGUAACUACUCUUUCUCCCUCUAAUCAGAGGGAGACAUUUCAGUGGACGGCAACGAAGGGAGGAAGCCAGAAGGUUUAGUGUAUUGCAAAAACGUCUUGAGAAGUGACCCUCGAGAAGAAACAUGGAACUUUUAGUGGUGCACCCGGCCAUCAAAGCCUUCAUGUGUGGCUCCCUCAGUGGAACCUGCUCCACGCUGCUGUUCCAGCCUCUCGACCUGGUCAAGACCCGUCUGCAGACUCUGCAGACCGGCGUGCAGCCUGGUUCGGGCAGAGUGGGGAUGGUGUCGGUGCUCCUCAGUGUGGUGCGGACAGAGAGGCUGCUGGGACUCUGGAAAGGAGUUUCACCGUCCUUCGUCCGGACCAUCCCAGGAGUUGGGAUCUACUUCAGCACCUACUACUCUCUGAAGCAGCACUUCUUACAGGACAGAUGCCCAGGGGCCGCGGAGGCUGUGCUGCUGGGGGGCGGAGCCCGGACGGUGGCGGGGGUAGUGAUGCUGCCGGUUACUGUCGUCAAGACACGUUUUGAAUGUGGCAGGUACAGUUACGGGAGUGUGAUAGGGGCUCUGCGCAGCGUGUGCCAAACUGAAGGUCCCGCGGCUCUGUUCUCCGGCCUCAUGGCCACUCUCCUCAGAGACGUUCCUUUCUCCGGCAUCUACGUCAUGUUCUACAGCCAGACCAAAGCCUCACUCCCCAAAGAGAUCAGCACGUCUCCUGCGGCUCCUGUGGCUAACUUCAGCUGCGGGGUUCUGGCUGGCGUGUUGGCCUCCCUCAUCACUCAGCCUGCUGAUGUGGUCAAAACACAUGUCCAAGUGAAUCCACAACUCAAGACAGCAGAGGCCAUCAGAUACAUCUAUAUGGAAUAUGGACUCCAGGGCUUCUUCAGAGGGGCCGUUCCUCGGUCUCUGAGGAGGACCAUGAUGGCGGCCAUGGCGUGGACCGUUUAUGAACAAAUGAUGGCGCACAUCGGGCUGAAGUCCUGAAAGUGAUCAAUGUUGAAAAUGUUGUAAAAGGAAGAAGAGAUAUAGAUGGAGUUGCAGUGAAUGAGCGCACAGGAAGGAACUGGAACUACUGCAGUGCUCGUUAGCGUGUCAGAAGCUUUCAGUGACCGAUUUCACUCAGAGUCUAAGAGACAUGUGGGAGGUCUCCUGUACAUUUAGUGUCUUACUGGGUGUGUCUGAAGGUCAGAAUGUGCAAUAUAACUUUAAAAAGACUUUCAAGAUGACACAAAAAUGCUCUGAUAUUUUUCUACUGCACUACUAAUUACACAAACUUUGGUGAUUUUGCUCCAACUAUUUGGACCAUGUUUGAGAAAUCCCUUCAGAGUUUUGCAUGUGCUCCUGGGGGGCUUUUUGUGACAAAUGGUUUCUUCCUUCUUGUUGUAAAUUCACUUCCACAUAUUUAGGAGUCUUCGCAAUCUGCAGGUUAAACUUGGCAGAUCAAAUGCUUUUGAGUGCAGAUUAACUGGGAAAUGUUCACUACACACUAGCCUGGCUGUUGUAGGGCUACAAAUAAGAUUUGGACUGUAUGCAGAAACAAUGUCUGUGUCUCUCUAGUGUUCUAAAACUCUUUGAAUGGCAGGGAAAACCCUGCUCUGAGUGGGAUUUCCAAUGCCUCAGAUGUUUGCAUGCUGUGUGCAAUGACUCAGCCCACGACUACUACAGGCAGUGAGCCAGAUUAAGCCCAGACUUAUGCACUUUAACCUCAGCAUAUGUUCAAAAUCGAGAGAGCUUCUUAAAGACAAGAUUGUGAGUCUCCAUGUGUAACAGUGUUAUUUAUAUUCUGAUACUUUAUUUAAGUGUGUGCUCACUUGACAUGUGCAUUUGCCAAAAAUUCAUCUGCCUUAAAAUGUCUUUGGAGUUUUUUGAUAUUUGUUAAAAGUGGUUUUUCAUGCAGACGUUUUCACUUUUUAAACAUGUCAAACAAAAUAAAGUUAUUGGAAAAUUU